AGCCAAGGCACUGCAACGGCAUCAACAACAAGAACAAAAGAAACAAGCGGUUACCGAGCGGAGGGAAGGGAGAGGGGUCGCCCACCCCCCGCCCCUCCUCUUGGAUUGAUUGAGCGCCCCCCACCCCAGGGCGUGUUUCUCCAACACCACCACCACCAUUUAAACCCCCACCCUCCCCUCCGUCCCCACUCCAUUUCUUCUCUCUCUCCGUUGCAAUGCGGUGGGGAUCCGCGCCCGUCUCUAAAAUUUAGUCUCUAUUGUCACCCGGGCGCGCUCCUCCUCGGAUCUCGAUACCCCUCCCCCGACCAGGCCCGCCCCUCGGACCUCCAUCGGACGUUUGCCCUUGCUUAUUACCGGAUCUAAUGGGGAUGUACGAGCUCAUCAAAGGGGACGACAAUAGCGGGAUCGCCGAUCCCAACAAGAACCUCCUCGUCGUCGACGGCGACGAUGGGUUCCCCCACAAGAGCGACAUCGAGUCCGGCAAAAAGGUCUCCAGAUCCUCGACGGUCGCCACCGUGGCCGUCCUCCCCGCCUCUGCCCCCUCCUCCGCCAGGAAGCAGCAGCGCCUCGUCUCGCUGGACGUCUUCCGGGGAAUCGCGGUCGCGCUGAUGAUCCUGGUAGAUGAUGCUGGAGCAUUUGUUCCAGAAAUAAAUCAUUCUCCAUGGGAUGGUGUAACCCUCGCUGAUUUUGUCAUGCCAUUUUUUUUGUUCAUUGUUGGAGUUGCGCUGGGACUCGCAUAUAAGAGAGUCUCCGACAGAGUUUCAGCCACCAAGAAGGCUGUACUCCGGGCACUGAAGCUAUUCAUUUUAGGUCUUGUUCUCCAAGGUGGCUAUUUUCACGGCGUUCACAGUCUAACUUUUGGAGUUGAUAUUACGAGUAUAAGAUGGAUGGGUGUACUACAGAGAAUUGCAAUAGCCUAUCUGUUGGCAUCAAUAUGUGAAAUUUGGCUUAGAAGUGAUGAUGAUGUAGAUUCUGGAUAUUCCUUGCUGAGAAGAUACCGAUUCCAAUUGUCGGUGGGUUUGAUUCUUACUACCAUUUAUAUGGGCAUCUUAUAUGGGUUGUACGUUCCAGACUGGGAGUAUGAGAUAUCAGGGGCAGGCUCCAGUCCCAAGACCUUCUCAGUGAAGUGUGGAGUCAGGGGUGACACCGGACCUGCUUGCAAUGUUGUUGGCAUGAUUGAUCGCAAGAUCCUGGGCAUCCAACAUCUAUAUAAACGCCCAGUCUAUGAAAGGACGAAGCAAUGCAGCAUAAAUUCACCAGAUAAUGGCCCACUUCCACCUGAUGCUCCUUCCUGGUGUCAGGCACCUUUUGAUCCUGAAGGGCUACUUAGUUCCAUUAUGGCUAUUGUUACCUGCUUGAUUGGUUUGCAAUUUGGGCAUGUUAUUGUGCACUUUGAGGAUCACAAGUAUAGAAUCUUCCAGUGGAUGAUUCCUUCAUUCAUUCUUUUAGCUUUGGCCUUUUCACUGGACUUUUUCGGACUGCAUAUGAACAAGGCACUAUACUCAUUGAGUUACACUUGUGUCACCGCUGGUGCUGCUGGGAUUCUAUUUGCUGGAAUUUAUGUCCUGGUUGAUGUCUAUGGCUUUAGACGACCAACCUAUGCCAUGGAAUGGAUGGGAAUGCAUGCAUUAAUGAUAUACAUCCUGAUCGGCUGCAACAUCUUGCCGGUUCUGAUCCAGGGUGUUUACUGGAGGGAACCUCAGAACAAUCUUUUGAAGGUUCUUGGAGUUUGAUCAUGUCUACAUUGGUUGGAGAAUCAGGCAUUUUGCGGUGCAUUGGUCCAGUGGAGGCUGCAUAUGACUCUUUCUCACCAAAGCAGAUCUUUGCAUAUGACACCUCUAAAGGGAUGAAAUCAGUAGAGCCUGGGCCUCAGCUUUGCCCAUUGUAGGGGAAUUGGUAAUUAUGCCGCAGGGAUUGCUGUUCCGCUGCAAGGCCUUAUUUACCCGGGCAUUGCUCUUUUGAGCCCAUAGAGUGGUAGCUGGAAUGUUGUAUGCAAAUAAAGUUUGUAAUGUAUCCCUUUCAUGGCAACUAGAAUUUAUGUUAAUAUAUUAUCCUACCACUGUGUGGUAUACUCUCUGUUUCCGAAAGACUGGAUUUGGCUGGCGAGGGCCGUCCAUAAUAAUGGUCAGCAAAGAAUGAAGCACUGAGCCGCGUACCUAAAGUAAUGGCACCGUAGCAUUUGCUUCUGCCCAUUCGCUAAUUCCAAUGUACGGUAUAUUUUUGAA